UAGUAGAAAGUAUUACGCAAACAACUAAAAAAAUAACAAAUAAAUUUAAAACAAAACGUCAUAAAUUUAUAAACAAUUAAAAGUGAGGUAAUUGAGAAAUCAUUUGAUAUUUUUUUCAGUUUCCAUAUAAUGUAUAGGCCCAUAGGAUUUUCUAGUUAUUUAUUGAAAGUUCAACGAAUUUAAAGGGGUGAUAACACGUUUAAAUCCCUUUAGACACGCGAAGAAAACUCGUAGCCACGUAGCCAGUCCGUUGGCGAGGUACGAACCCACGACUAAUGUUAUAAAUAAAGUAGCUUUUUUUUAAUCACAUAAUUAAGAGUAAAUUUUAAGACCUCUUCUGUGUCUAGGGAUGAAAUCAAGUGACCUGUUGACCCUCCAAUCAAGGCCUACUUACAGGGAGGAAAUUAACUUAAAAAACAAUGCUUAAAACACAUAAAUUAUUCGUCACUACAAUUUAAAAAAUUGGCUGACAAGUGGCUAGCAGGUGUAAAUACCUAGUUAAGAUAGGGGGAAACAGGUGUCGAUAAAUCAGUGUUGUAGAAUUUUAACUGAAGAGCAGCAGCAUUUAAAAUGAACAAUUUCGUGUUAAUUGCCAUCGUUUCNCAUGAAGAUCGCUUUGCUAUUGCUGUUUGUAGCGGUUGUUUGUGUGAUCAACUCCCAAGCUAAAGGUCGUGAAAAUGAGAAAGCCAGAGGGAUGGGGAUUUUCAAGAAAAUGGGAGCAAUGGAAAAACCAAAUUAUAUACGAAGAAAAUUGAAAGGAAGAGUAAUGCCUAAUAAUGAGGACGAGUUUCCUUUCCUGAGUGAACUUCUUCAAGAAAAGAAAUCUACGGGCAGAGUAAAAGAUGCAAAUGAGAAGUUAAUAAAAGGCAAGCCAGAAGCAUUGAAGAAAGGUGACAACUCACUGGAACAUUUUAAAGGCCGUCAAGAUAUGUCCGAAUCUGAAAGAAUGGGAAUGGACAACCCGUAUUAUAUAACAGAAUACGGCACAAUACAAUUUCCCUUUAAAUUAGUUAGAGAACCAACUUGCUAUGAUUUUUAUGGCUAUGGUUACUGUUCUUGUUCUGAUAGUUGCGAUUAUUAUACGUAUUAUUCUGUUGAAGAUGAUAAUAAUUAUAAUUCGGAAGAUCGGGAAGAUCGUAGUGAUUCUGAAUCUAGACUUGAUUAUAAUGGCGACGGAGUCAUAAACGAGGACGACGGUAAUUUUACAUGUUACGACUACUGUUACUUAGUUUAUUUUUGUGACUGGGAUGAAAAUGGCUUUGUGUGUUAGUAAUCAUUGCUAUUGUUAAGGCUAAAGUGAUGCCUUAUAAUUAUAAUUAAAUUUAUAAUCCCUAUCAAAACUGCUAUAAAAUAAAGUUAUGAUUAAAAUGCAAAA